AUGUCGGGAAAUGUACAAAAGCAGCUAGAGUUCAGGAGACUGAGCAACACACAAACAAGCUUGAAGAUGAAUUUUCUUCUUUUAUUUUUUGUGUCGCUGUUCUGUGGCCUGACUUUGACCCAGGAUGCUGAUAGUGCUACUAAAACAGAAAAAACUAGUGAAGCACAGUUUUCGUGCUCUCCUGACGUGUGUAGUUUCAUGCAAGAGUUUGGUGCCAUGAGAGAAAAGCUGGGAGUUAUAGAAACCAAGCUGAAGGAAAGUGAAAGCCAGAUUGUUGAACUGAAGAACAAAGAAAGAAACAAGGUGGUAUUCAGUGCAGCAACAGGUGGGAAUGGAGCCAUUGGUCCCUUCAAUACAGACACAACUAUAAUCUUCAAGACGGUGAUAACAAAUAUCGGCAGUGCCUACAAUCAGUUCACGGGUAUCUUCACUGCACCUGUCGCAGGUAUUUACCACUUCUCCUUCUUUUAUCACGCUGGAGGAUCACACCCAGUAUCUCUAAACCUCAUCCUGAACAACCAGGCUGUUGUGACGACCUAUGACCACAGAACGUCACAUGAUGGGGCGGAUAACGGAGGCAACGCCGUGUUCCUGCAGCUGCAGCAAGGGGACCAGGUGUAUAUACGUUUGGGUGCAAAUACAAACGUGUGGGGAAAUGAUGCCAUUACCACUUUCAAUGGUGCUCUGCUCAGCCAAGUUUGAGGGAUUCCUGUUGCCCAUACUACUAUUUCACUAUAACUGUUUAUAUUUACCAGAAAGUAAGGGCACAGGGUAUGUAUUGACCCGGGGUAAUAUUUAUAUGUGUGCAAAAAUACUGGUCAUUUACAACAAAUGUAAUGUCAAAUAUUGUUUUAUUCAUUUUUAAAAUAUAUGAAUACCAACAACCACAAGAAUAAAGAUAUAGAAAAUA